AGCCAGCCAACCUCCUCUACUAAUUAUCACUAAAAUCGGUUGUGACGUUUACAAUUAUAUCAUCAAGAGUUUGUGUCGCAUAUAAAAGAAACCCGGAGCGCUGCUUCUCAAUUAGUGAUAACGCACCAUGUCGGGCCGCGUUUUCCUUCUUCUGGCUCUUGUCGCCUUGGCUUCUGCCAUCCAGAGAAUCAAGCUCGAGAAGCGCACUUACACUCGUGAACAAUACAAGUUCGGAUCAAUCCAAGAGCAUCUUAAGGCCAAGUACGUCCCAGGAUACAUUCCAAACAAGGAUGCAUUCAACGAGGGUCUUUCUGAUUACUCCAAUGCUCAAUACUAUGGACCAGUGACCAUUGGAACUCCACCACAAAACUUCCAAGUUUUGUUCGAUACUGGAUCCUCCAACUUGUGGGUGCCAUGCGCCAACUGCCCAUUCGGAGAUAUUGCCUGCAGAAUGCACAACAGAUUUGAUUGCAAGAAGUCUUCUUCCUGCACUGCUACUGGAGCCUCUUUCGAGAUCCAAUACGGAACUGGAUCCAUGAAGGGAACCGUUGACAACGAUGUUGUCUGCUUCGGACAUGAUACCACCUACUGUACUGAUAAGAACCAAGGAUUGGCCUGUGCUACUUCUGAGCCAGGAAUCACCUUCGUCGCUGCCAAGUUUGACGGUAUCUUCGGAAUGGGAUGGGACACUAUCUCUGUUAACAAGAUCUCUCAGCCAAUGGACCAAAUCUUCGCCAACUCCGCCAUCUGCAAGAAUCAACUAUUCGCUUUCUGGCUUAGCCGUGACGCCAACGACAUCACCAACGGAGGAGAAAUUACCCUUUGCGACACCGAUCCGAACCACUACGUCGGAAACAUCGCUUGGGAGCCACUCGUCUCUGAGGACUACUGGAGAAUCAAGCUCGCUUCGGUUGUCAUCGAUGGAACCACCUACACCAGCGGACCAAUCGACUCGAUUGUUGACACUGGAACUUCCCUUCUCACUGGACCAACUGAUGUCAUCAAGAAGAUCCAACACAAGAUCGGAGGAAUCCCACUCUUCAAUGGAGAGUACGAAGUUGAGUGCAGCAAGAUUCCAUCUCUUCCAAACAUCACCUUCAACCUCGGAGGACAAAACUUCGAUCUUCAAGGAAAGGACUACAUCCUUCAAAUGUCCAACGGAAACGGAGGAUCCACCUGCCUCUCUGGAUUCAUGGGAAUGGAUAUUCCAGCCCCAGCCGGACCACUCUGGAUUCUCGGAGACGUCUUCAUCGGACGCUUCUACUCGGUCUUCGAUCAUGGAAACAAGAGAGUUGGAUUUGCCACCUCUAGAACCGGAAAAUAAGCCUAUUUCUAAUUUAAAAACUCAAUUUCUAUGCCAUUACUUGCUUGAUUGUAAUAAAUGUGGUUAUGUGAUGAUAAGAAGUUCUAAAACAGUUCUUUCUAUACGUUUGCAAGAAUUCUAAAAACCCUGACUGGCUUC